UUCGUCUAAGAGUUUUUCAUUCAGUAAUCGGCUCCACCUGUUUCAGCUACUUAACUCACUGCAAAACCCAAAGCUCAGCCUAUUCCCUAACGAAAAUAAUGUCGAGAGACGAAAACGCAAACGGUUCUCAGCCGGAAAGCGACGACGACGACGAAGCUCCGGCACGGAGAUAUUCUAGGAAAUCGCGAGAAAAUUCGGAUGUAGAUUCUGAACCCGAUAGAAAGCACAUCAAUUCGCGGAGAGGAACCUCCGAUUCCGACGACGGGGAUAGGCGCCGCCGGAGGGAGAGGAAAUCGCGGCGGCACUACUGCAGCGAGUCGGAUUCCGGUUCCGGGAAAGCGCGAGAAGAUUCUGAUGUAGACUCGGAAACCGAUAGAAAGCAAUGCAAUUCGAGGAGAAAAUCGCAGGGAGGACGCUCGGAUUCCGACGACGGCGACAGAACGCACCGGAGGAAGAGGAAAUCGCGGCGGCGCCACAGCAGUGACUUCGGCUCGGAGGAGUCCGAGUCGGAGCGGUCCGGUUCGGAAUCGGAGAGUGAGGAGGAGCGGAAGCGGCGGGAGAAGAGGAGAAGGAGAGAGAAGGAGGAUGAGAGGGAGUGGAAGCGGAGAAGGAGAGAGAAAGAGAGGAAGAGGCGAAGGAGAGAGAAAGAGAAAGAGGAAGAGGAGAGGAGGAAGAAGGAGAAGCUGAAGAAAAAGAAGAAGAAGGAGAAGGAGGAGAGAGGGAAGAAGGGAGCGGUGACGAAUUCUUGGGGGAAGUAUGGUGUUAUUAGAGAAACUGAUAUGUGGACCAAACGACCAGAGUUCACUGCAUGGUUGGCAGAAGUAAAGCAGGUGAAUCUGGAGAAUAUGUCCAAUUGGGAAGAAAAACAGAUGUUCAAAGAAUUCAUGGAGGAUCACAACACAGCUACCUUUCCUUCCAAAAAGUACUACAAUCUUGAUGCUUACUACAGGCAUCAAAUGGAAAAAGAGAUGAAAAAAGGUUUUAAGAAAGUCCAGGCAACAGAGCGCACUGUUUUCAAUGAUGAAGAACAGCGCAGGCAAGAAUUGUUGCAAGCUCGUGAAAAGCACAAGGAGGAGCAAGUAAUGGCAUUGAAGCACUCUAUGCAAACUGGAAUGGCACAGGCAAUGAAAGAGCAAACUCAACUUAGGGAGGAGAUGGCUUACCAGUACAAGCUUGGAAACUUUGAGGCUGCUGCUGCUAUCCAGAGAAGGUUGGAUCCCGAUGCUGCCAUAUAGUUGGACAUACUUACUGUAAAUUGAAGUGUUGGGUGAUAGGGUAACAAUUUUCCCAUCACCAUGACAGGGUAAUGAUGGUCCCGUCACCAUGACGAUUAAUUUUAUGUCAACUAUGUGUCUUUCGGCUUAGUGUUAGCAUGCUGUGGAUGGGUUAUUUUCUGAUGGAUGAGUAAAUUUUGGCUCUUCUGUUACGUCUACCAUUGCUAAUUGAAGAAUGUUUCUUUUUCACAUGAUGGAGAUUUUGGCAUUGUAGUUGACUAAGUGACCAUUUCAAAAAUGUCAAAGAGGUCAAGCUACAUGCAUGGCUUCAAAAUUUCCCAUCAUUCGGACAUACUGCAAUUGAGUAUUGCAUGUAAUAAACAGUCUUGCUAGUGAAAAAUUUGUUUGACCAUUCAUCUUUUCAAA